AUGGCACCACGACUCGUCGGCGGGCGCACAUCACUCCACCUGGCAGCGCAGGCGGGGAUCGACGACGUUGUACAGGCCCUACUCGCUCGGAGCGAGUGGGAUCGUGCCGAGGCUGAAGCGAAGGGUACCCCCAUGGAGGCGGAAAGCAUAGCAGUCGAUGAUUCUGAGGGCGAGAACGAGGAGGGCAGCGAGGGAGUAUCUACGAAAGAGGAGGAAGGAUGGAAGCAGGUCAAACGCUCCGACGCGCGUCCUACGACUUCGCCGUCAGAUUCGGCUGAUGCGCUCGAGGACCCACCCGCAGAUGCGCCCGACAUUUUCGAUCUCACCGCGCCAGAUUGA